CCAACUAGUCAACUACACUUUAUCAAUUAACAUCAAUCAGCAAAACCAGUUUCUCCUCCUCCUCUCCUCCUCCUCCUCCGAUCGAUAAGCAUGAAGGCCGUAGUAAUCACGACACCAGGAGGACCAGAAGUACUCAAACUCCAACAAGUAGAUGACCCACAACUCAACGACGACGCCGUUUUGAUCAGAGUUGCAGCCACAGCUCUUAACAGAGCAGAUACCCUUCAAAGACAAGGCAUGUAUCCUCCACCAAAGGGAGAGAGUGAAUACCUAGGUCUCGAAUGUUCCGGUGUCAUCGAAUCCGUUGGUAAAAAUGUUUCCCGUUGGAAAGUUGGUGAUCAGGUAUGUGCUCUUCUAAGUGGAGGAGGAUAUGCUGAAAAAGUAGUUGUACCUGCCGGCCAGGUCCUUCCUAUUCCAUCCGGUAUUUCUUUGAAAGAUGCUGCUAGCUUCCCCGAGGUGGCAUGCACCGUUUGGUCAACUGUCUUCAUGACAAGCAAGCUAUCUUCAGGGGAAACGUUUCUGAUACAUGGUGGCUCUAGCGGCAUUGGUACGUUCGCAAUUCAAAUGGCUAAAUACCUUGGGAUUAAAGUGUUUGUCACUGCAGGGAGUGAUGAAAAGCUAAAGGCAUGCAAGGAGUUUGGAGCUGACAUUUGCAUCAACUACAAGACAGAAGAUUUUGUUGCACGAGUGAAGGAGGAAACAGGGGGUAAAGGUGUUGAUGUUAUACUGGAUAAUAUUGGUGGACCCUACUUCCAGAAAAACCUAGAAAGCUUAAGUAUUGAUGGGAGACUUUUCAUCAUUGGUCUCAUGGGUGGAGUAAAAGCAGAAGCCAAUAUAGCACUGAUAUUGGCAAAGCGGCUUACUGUGCAAGGUGCUGGUCUGCGAACUAGAAGUGUGGAAAAGAAAGCAGAAAUAGUGAGUGAAGUCGAAAAGAACGUUUGGCCAGCGAUUGCUGAAGGGAAGGUGAAACCUGUAGUAUACAAAUACUUCCCUUUAUCAGAAGCAGGGGAGGGUCACAAGCUUAUGGAAACCAGUGCGCAUAUCGGGAAGAUACUCCUACUUGCAUAAAGCUUUUGUGAAUAGUCUACUUGGGAGUUUGGGCUUCUUUCAUUUCUCCUUUGUAUUGGGCUUUGUAACCUAUUAUAAUAAAUGAUCCUAAACUGCAAAAUGAAAUUGGAUCCCGACUAUAUUUCCUAUAAAGAAUUGCUGGUUUAGAAAGCAUUGAUCUGUGAAA